UGUUGGUAAUUGAGCAUGGAACAGAGGCGGUAUAUAAGCCCAGCCAGUCGGCUGGCCUCAUCAGUCGAUGUGCUCACGCGCUUCACAUACACAAUGACGAUCAAGUGUGUGUUAUUGUUGGCCCUGGCCGGCUGGACCACCGCUAUGGUCACUCUUAACUGUGAGGAGAGCCUUAAACAAAUCCAGGAGCAGAUGGAGUUGAACAACAAAAUGAGGUCUGAAGUCCUCGAAAAGCUCGAGCAACUCGAAAGGGAACUUGACGAAACCGAGGAGGGCGUUGUAAGGAAGAAGAGAAGCUACUAUCUGGCCGGACCCCCGGGACCCGCCGGAGAAGCAGGUGCCCCCGGAGCACCUGGUCGUGACGGACCCAUGGGCCCACCAGGCGUUCAGGGAGAGCCAGGUGACAAGGGAGAUAUGGGUGCACGCGGACCAGUAGGGCCCCAGGGGCUUCAAGGCGAGCAAGGACCAGAGGGACCAAUGGGAAUGCAGGGAGAGCGUGGCGGGUUCGGAGCCCCCGGUCUUCCCGGAGACAAGGGAGAAUCAGGACCUCAGGGACCACCCGGCAUUCCCGGACUCGACGGACCUCAAGGACUAAAAGGUGACCAGGGACCAUUCGGACCACCAGGCCUUCCAGGAGUCAAGGGCGAAGAAGGUGACGCUGGGCUCCAGGGACCACAGGGAGAACAGGGAUCACCAGGGGAGACCGGUCCUCAGGGAGCUCCUGGCGUCCCCGGACAGCGUGGCGCUCAGGGCCAUCCAGGACCUCAGGGCGCGUACGGCAUGCCCGGCGCUCCCGGAGCAAAGGGAGACCGUGGAUUCCCCGGACGACCCGGUGCCCAAGGCGCUCCUGGAUACCCAUACGUCGCUGCUGGUGUUGCUGCUCCUAUGUCAAAGAAGGGUUAAAUACGUUAUUGAUUAACACGCAUAUUUAAUUCCAACUAAUCCGGCCCGGUCGGAUUGGUACAUCACACGUCUGUUUAUUUAUUGUGUUUGCUUUCUUCCUCAUUUAUACACUGUUUAUUUGUUACAACCAUUACCCAUACACUUCUGUAUUAUUUAGGUUACCUCAUUUUCCCCCAGUUUCAGUUUAUAUUUUACUAUUUUUAUUAUAAUUUCCUUUUUUAUAUUUUAAUUAUAUUUUCAUCUCCCUCGGUCUUUUUAAUUGAUUUUUUUUCCGUCGUAGUUUGACUCAUUUUAUGCGUUUUACAUUUUGGUUAUAGUUUCCUCUGUUCGAAUUUCGAUAUUUUCUCAGCUCAGUUUUAGUAAUUUUCACUGUUAGCAAAGUAUUGUGAUAUCUGAGGCCGGUGCUGUGGCGAAAUAAACAGUAGAAAAUACA